GCAAGGAACACCAUAUUGCAUAGACUGCCGAAAAGCUAACUUCGAUCCAACUUGCGAGGUAGGCUAUUAGAAUGAGCAUUUUGCUACAUUGACCCGUUCAAGUUUCCUACUAGGUUUUUAAUUAUUAACUGGAAUAUUUCAAGCAUAUGGGUUUUCGUCUCAGCGUAGCAGUAAGCUAUUUUUACACUUAUGUCUAAAAUUAUAAAAUAAUUUUAAAAACAAAGUACAACCGAGAGCUUAAUUCUGGUUUAAGCCUCACCUUCUAUUUAUGCAAGACUAACGUAUAACAAGCCGAGGUUGGUCUAUGCAGGUAAGUAGCCAUCUGCUUCAAAGUGGAAACUAAUCUACGCAUGAUUUUGCAAUUACAUCAAAUCAAUAAUGCAUUCUAAUGUGGCCAUAGAUGUGCCUUCCACUUUCAUUCCACAGGGACUGUAAAAAUUUGCCUUAUGGACUUGUAAGUAAUAGCCAGGAAACCUCAGUGAGUUGCCACCAUUGUUGUCUCCUUCAGGCUGUUUUGGGUGUAGUAUUUCGCAUUUCGCAUAUGACUGUCUCAUGCAAACUGUGUUCACUAAUUUUAGAAAUGCGGCAAAAAAAUUGAUUCGACCAUCAAAUACACGAUUUACAACAACAAGACCUACCAUAGGGAUUGUUUCGUCUGUUACCAAUGCAAACAGCCACUGGAGGGAAAGAAAUUUUUCAUCAAGGACGGACAGAAUUACUGCUCUGAACACAGCAAAUAG